GGGGGCGGGGCGGUGGCGGCGUCGCACGUCCGGUAGUGGGCGGGGCUCUGUUGCCAGAGUAACUGGGCGUCCUCGGGAAGGCGGUGUCCGCCGGCGGCCGAGAUCCCUGCCGCCUGCGCUGCCCGGGACGAUGAAUCAUGAUGAAAGAUUCGUUUUCAUUGCAGAGUGGUAUGAUCCAAAUGCUUCACUUUUUCGACGUUAUGAACUUUUAUUUUACCCAGGGGACGGGUCUGUUGAAAUGCAUGAUGUGAAGAAUCACCGCACCUUUUUAAAGCGGACCAAAUACGACGAUCUUCAUUUGGAGGAUUUAUUUAUAGGCAACAAAGUGAAUGUCUUUUCUCGACAGCUGGUGCUGAUCGACUAUGGGGAUCAAUACACAGCUCGCCAACUGGGCAGCAGGAAAGAAAAAACGUUGGCUCUGAUUAAACCCGAUGCAGUAUCGAAAGCUGGAGAAAUAAUUGAAAUGAUAAACAAAGCUGGGUUUACUAUAACCAAACUCAAAAUGAUGAUGCUUUCAAGGAAAGAAGCAAUGGAUUUUCAUGUAGACCAUCAAUCAAGGCCCUUUUUAAAUGAGCUGAUCCAGUUUAUUACAAGUGGUCCUGUCAUCGCCAUGGAGGUUUUGAGAGAGGAUGCUGUAUGUGAGUGGAAAAGACUGCUUGGACCCGCGAACUCUGGGAUGGCUCGUACCGAUGCUCCCGAAAGCCUGAGAGCUCUCUUUGGAACCGAUGGCAUAAGAAAUGCAGUUCAUGGCCCUGAUUCUUUUGCUUCAGCUGCCAGGGAAAUGGAGUUAUUUUUUCCUUCAAGUGGAGUUUGUGGACCAGCAAACACUGCUAAAUUUACAAAUUGUACCUGUUGCAUUAUUAAGCCCCAUGCCAUCAGUGAAGGACUGCUGGGAAAGAUCCUCAUGGCUAUCCGGGAUGCAGGUUUUGAAAUCUCAGCUAUGCAGAUGUUCAGCAUGGAUCGAGUUAAUGUUGAAGAGUUUUAUGAAGUUUAUAAAGGAGUGGUGUCUGAGUAUAACGAGAUGGUGACAGAAGUGUGUUCCGGCCCUUGCGUCGCAAUGGAGAUUCAACAGAGUAAUCCUGCAAAGACAUUUCGAGAAUUCUGUGGACCUGCUGAUCCUCCUAAUCUCCUCCAGUUCCAUCCAUGUUGGUGCAAAUGUUGGGUAUUCAUCCUUUCUGAUGGCUGAGAAUAUUCCAUUGUAUAUGUGGACCAUCUUCAUUAUCCAUUCUUCUGUUGAAGAGCAUCUUGUCUCCUUCCACAGUUUGGCUAUUGUGGACUUCACUGCUAUGGACAUGGGGGUGCAUGUGGCCCUUCUUUUCACUAUAUCUGUAUCUUUGAGGUAAAUAAUCACUAGUGCAAUUGCUGCAUCAUAGGGUAGCUCUAUUUUUAACUUUUUGAGGAAUCUCUACAGUGUUUUCCAGAGUGGCUGUACCAGCUUGCAUUCCCACCAAUAGUGUAAGAGGGUUCCCCUUUCUCCACACAUCACCAAUAUUUGUUGUUUCCUGCCUUGUAAAUUUUUGCCAUUCUAACUGAUACAAGGUGCAUCUCAAUGUGGUUUUGAUUUGAAUUUCCCUAAUGGCUAAUGAUACUGAACAUUUUUUUCAUGUGUCUCUUAGCCAUUUGUAUGCCUUCUUUGGGGAAAUGUCUGCUUGUGUCUUCUGCCCAUUUCUUGACUGGAUUAUUUGUUUUUUGGGUGUCAAGUGUGAGAAGUUCUUUAUCGAUCUUGAAUACCAGCCCUUUAUCUGUAGGGCUGAUGAAACCAUUAGAAAAAGGGUUGGCAGUACCUACUUUCUAUCUUUCAAGGGAGAAGGAAGAGUAGAAAUAAGAAUUAAAUGUGGUUGUGAAAAAGAGUGAUUAUUAAAAUGUGAUCUGAUGUAGAGGACCUUAAGAGAAAAUGGU